CCGACCCUUGGCUGAGGCUCAAGCGGGCUCCAGCAGCGGGAGGGGAGGCGGAGCCGAGGCCCCGUGACGGCCCCGGCCCAGCUGCGGAGGACGCGCCGCGCGGAUCAGUCUCCUCCUGCCCGCUCCUCACACGCCCAGUCCCCAAGCUCCGCAGCGCGCCCUGCAGCGGGCCGGAACAUGUCGAAGAAAGGACGGAAACAAACUGAAACAGGAAGGGAAGUACAUGUACCAUGUAAACGAGCAAAGGUGGAAGCAUCUUGCCCUUCUUCACCUAUGAACUAUGACAGCCCAGACAGUGUCUUUGAAAGUUUGAUCUUUCCCAUCGAAGAAGAGAAGUUCUUCAAGGAGUAUUGGGAACAAAAGCCACUGCUUAUUCAGAGAGAUGACCCUUCAGUGGCUACUUACUACCAGUCUCUCUUCCAGUUAAUGGAUUUGAAGGAGCUGUCCAGCCAGGGUUUAUACUAUGGAAGAGAUGUUAAUAUCUGCAGAUGCGUGAAUGGAAAAAAGAAAGUUUUAAAUAAAGAUGGCAAAGUGAACUAUAUGCAGCUGAAGAGAGACUUUGAUCAGAAAAAAGCAACGAUACAGUUUCACCAGCCUCAGAGAUUUAAGGAUGAGUUGUGGAGGAUCCAGGAGAAGCUGGAAUGCUACUUUGGCUCUUUGGUUGGCUCCAAUGUUUACAUUACUCCUCCAGGGUCCCAGGGUCUGCCCCCCCACUACGAUGAUGUUGAGGUGUUUAUCCUUCAGCUGGAAGGAGAGAAACACUGGCGUCUCUACAAACCUACUGUGCAUUUAGCUCGAGAGUAUAAUGUUGAAUCAGAGGAUCAUAUUGGGAAUCCAACACAUGAAUUCAUAUUAAAGCCAGGAGAUUUGUUAUACUUUCCAAGAGGAACUAUUCACCAAGCUGACACUCCUCUAGGGGGAUCAUAUUCUACUCACGUGACCAUCAGCACCUACCAAAACAAUUCUUGGGGAGAUUUCUUGUUAGAUGCAAUUCCUGGGCUUGUGUUUGAUACAGCGAAGGAAAAUGUGGAUCUACGGACAAGUAUACCAAGGCAACUACUGAUGCAGGUGGAUAUAGCUGACUCAACAAGGAGAUUAAGCAGCUUUCUGAGAAAUCUUGCAGACCGGCUGGAAAACACCAAAGAACUGAGAUCCUCUGACAUGAAGAAGGAUUUCAUCAUGAACCGAUUACCACCUUUCUUGGGGAACAGCUCUGAUCCCUUGGCUCCAGGUGGAAAAUUACCAAAAUUAGACAGCAAAAUCAGAUUGCGGUUUAAAGAUCAUGCCAUAAUUACAGUGGAACCUGAUCAAGACAAUUCUGAGGAGCUUCGCAAACAGAUGGUUUAUGUCUAUCACUCUUUAAAGAACAGGAGAGAGAGGCACAUGAUGGGGAAUGAGGAUGAUGACACUAGUGAAGAAGGGAUAUCUGAGACUCAUGGAUUACGUUUUCCUUUAUCACACAUGGAUGCAUUGAAGCAAAUCUGGAGAAGUGCUACUGUCACUGUUAAGGAACUGAGCCUUAAAUCAGAUGCAGAGAAAGAGAACCUUGUGUUAUCACUCUGGGCUGAAUGUCUCAUUGAGGUAAUCUGAGUCUUUCAAAAAUCAGCCAUGUUCCUGGAGCCUAACAUUUCAUCUCUGGAGUAUGUACUGACCAAGGACCAUCUGAUUCCUCCUCUUCUAUGGAGCUGCUGCCUCGUAUUGACAGCAAAGUAAAAAAUGGCAACUGGUACAAUAUACAAUCUAGUGCUGUAUUUCUUUUUUUAAAGAGGCUUCACAAUCACCCUGUUCUGUAUGCCUUAGGGAAAUCUAAAUCCAAAAGGUAAGGUGGCUUAAAUGUAAAAUGAGGAUAAUUUAGGCAGCGGGCCACAGUAAGUAAGUGCAGCAGGAAAGGAGAAGAAUUGGUAAAAAAUUGUAAUAACAUCACAGCAAGUGCAGACUGAGCAGUGAAGCCUACAUUUAGCAAACUUCACUUUUUAAAGUUAAAAUUCUGUAAAGAGGCCUUUGUAAAGGCCUAAAUAUGUGCUCUCUCUUGCAAGGAGUAGGUCUGUCUCACUCCUGCUAAAACCAAAAGAACUAUUUAAAGAGAGUAAUUCCUUUGUGACAGUUUGUUUGGUAAGAGUCCCUGCAGUUUAGCACACCUCCCAUCACCAUGAUUCUUGCUUUAGCUGUCCCCUGCAUUAAGAGCAGAGUUCAACUCCCUGUAUUUAAUGCCUCUGGAAAAUUGUGCCUCCCUGUACUAUUGCCUUUUUGCACGAAGGGUGAGAUGUGCAAAGAGGGACUUAGGCACCUAAUAUUAUGGAUUCCAAACAUCAGGAAUAGGAUUUACACAAGCCAGCAAGGCUGCCUCAGAAACACUGAGGUGUGGUUUAAUCUCCACCUGUCAAAGCAACCUAGGUGGUGCUGCUGUCCCCUGACUUCCACACAAUAGCUCAGUGGUUAGAACACUAAAGAUGGGGGGGAGACCUGGCUUCAGGUCCCCAAACCAGUGUGUCUGUCUAGUGUAUUCUGACCUUCAGUAUCUCCCACUGAAGUUGUUCCUCUUAAGUGGCUUUGCCAGUGCAGAGUGGUGAAAAUUUAGAAUUCUGCAAGGUGAAGGAACAAGGGUUGUUAAGUUCUAAAUGCCUAAUGUAGCUGUGAGGGCUGGAUCCACUACAGGAGUCAUUCAGUAAGAAACAGGACCACUGCAACAAGAAUGUAGUAAAAUUGUGUUGCCUGUCUCA